GCACUCCCGAACCUUCUGUAAACCCUUUUCAGUUUCACCGCUCUCAAUUUUGGGAAAAAUUGAACAUCCCGCUCAAAGAAGAGAGAAAUUGUGGUUCGAAGAAGAAGAAGAUUGUUGAUUUCUUCACCAAGAAGAAGAAGAAGAAGAGUUUGCUGAUUUUCCUUCGAUUUCAACACAACACAGGAAGCAUGAAAACCCCCGCUUCAGUUUUCUACAGAAACCCCGUGAAGUUCAGAAUGCCAACGGCGGAGAAUCUGGUCCCAAUUCGAUUGGACAUUGAAAUCGACGCUAAGAGGUACAAAGAUGCCUUCACAUGGAACCCUUCCGAUCCUGAUCACGAGGUGGGUGUCUUUGCAAGACGUACUGUUAAAGACCUAAAGCUUCCUCCUCCUUUUGUUACUCAGAUUGCUCAAUCAAUUGUCACAGCUAGCUGAAUUUCGGUCGUAUGAAGGCCAAGAUAUGUAUGCUGGAGAGAAAAUUAUUCCCAUCAA